AUGUGGUGGAUGCUGUUCCCUCGAUGGAUUUGGUUCGUGCUCGGACACUUUUAUCUUGUGCUGCUUUUUAUGGACAGCUACCGUGUGACAGCCAUGCCUCUGAUGUCCGUGGCAAAGGUGGUGUAUUCUCACGCAGGUAUGUGUCCGAAUGAUCUGAACCCCAACCUGUGGGUGGAUGCAAUGAGCACCUGCACGCGCGAGUGCGAAUCCGACCAGGACUGUGAGGGAUUUGAGAAGUGCUGCCCCAACGUUUGCGGCAACAAGAGCUGCGUUGCGGCACGCUACAUUGACAUCAAGGGCAACAAGGGUCCUAUUGGCAUGCCGAGGGGCGCCACCUGCGACAAGUUCAUGUGCGCUCAACAGGGCUCUGAGUGCGACAUCUGGGACGGCCAGCCUGUUUGUAAGUGCAGAGACCGCUGUGAGAAAGAGCCCCACUUCACCUGUGCAUCUGAUGGCAUGACUUAUUAUAACAAGUGCUACAUGGACGCGGAGGCCUGUUCCAAGGGUAUCUCAAUCUCUGAGGUCACCUGCAGGUAUCACCUGUCCUGGCCCAACACGAGUCCAAUCCCCAUGGAGACCACAUUACAUCCCACUACCGCCCUGCAGACCACCAUCCCAACUGACAUCCAGCUACCCGCCAUCCACAGUGGGCCCACCAGACAGACCGUGUUUGUUGGUGAGACCGCCAGUUUCCUGUGUGAGGUGUCCGGAAAGCCCCAGCCAGAAAUCACCUGGGAGAAACAGCUGAAAGGCAAAGAGAAUGUCAUAAUGAGACCAAAUCACGUGCGAGGUAACGUUGUGGUGACCAACAUCGGCCAGUUGGUUAUAUACAACGUCCAGCUUCAGGACGCCGGCAUCUACACAUGCACAGCCGAAAACGUUGGAGGAAGUGUGUCGUUGCACCUUCCUCUGGUGGUGAUCAGGAGAGAGCAGAAGGGGAAAAACACAGAGGGGAAUAAUACCAACCUGCCUUUCCCAGCUGCAGAGUGCCUUAAGGGUCCUGACACAGACGACUGCGGAGAAGAGAGCAUUAGCUGGUACUACGAACCAAAGAGGAACAAUUGCUUCACCUUUACUUACAGCCAGUGUAACAAAAACCAAAACCACUUUGACAAUUAUGAAGCAUGCAUGCUGUCAUGUGGAGGGGAGCUGGCGGCUCCCUGCAGCCUACCGAGCCUUCAAGGCCCCUGCAAGGCCUACGAGCCCCGCUGGGCGUACAGCAGCAGCCUGAAAACGUGCCAGUCCUUCGUGUUCGGAGGCUGUGGAGGCAACGAGAACAACUUUGAGUCUAAAGAGGCCUGCGAAGAAAUGUGCCCCUUCCCGAAGAACCACAACUGCAAGAUAUGCAAGCCUCGAGGCAAGAUGGUCGCCAGCUUCUGCAAGAGUGACUUUGUGAUCCUCGGGUACGUCUCGGAGCUGACAGAAGAGCAGGAGUCAGGCCACGCUCUGGUGACCGUGGAGGAAAUCUUGAAGGACGAGAAGAUGGGUCUGAGGUUCUUUGGGAAGGAGCCACUGGAAGUGACUCUUCUGAACAUGGACUGGAACUGCCCCUGCCCCAACAUCACCGUCGCCGACGGGCAGCUGAUCAUCAUGGGUGACGUUCACAACGGGAUGGCCGUCCUGCAGCCCGACAGCUUUGUGGGCUCGUCCAGCACUCGCCGAGUCAGGAAGCUGCGCGAAGUUAUCCACAAGAAAACCUGCGAUUUCCUCAAAGAUUUCUCUGCAGUGCAGUGA